GGAGAGAGAAAAGGGAAGAAAGAAAUCGGAAGGAACGCGGUGGUCGUCGACGAAGGAGAGACGCGUGGCAUCGGGAGCGUCGAUGGAUCACGGAGCGAUGGAUAGCGCUUCUGAUCACAGCAGCCGCGCCAGCCCCGUAACCGGCAGCCCCAAACAUCCGCACAGCCCGUCGGCUCAGCAAGGACAGCAACAGCUUCACGGGACCCAGCACCAGGCACCGGCGUCCCACCAACAGCCUCAUCCGCGGGACCAGAUCCGCGAGCAACAAUCGCAACAGCAACAGCACCGCGGCGUUCCCACGCCGGGAUCGCCAACCAGAGGCUCGCCGCCCCAAGGGCUUCCGUUGAGCCCUCCGCCUCUUUCCGCCGGAGGAGCACCCGGUGCACCGCCAGGCAUGGUGCCCCGUAUGCCGGGCCUACCGCCACCGGGGCUAGGACUGUUGGGACAACUGGGCGGCAUGCUGAGCGGUCAUCACGGCUCGCCGCUCGAGCUGAUGGCCGCCCAUCACGCUGUCCUACCUCCGAGAUCGUACAACAGCCCGCCGCCGAUCAGCACCAGCGAUCCAACGGCCAACGAGUGCAAGCUGGUCGAUUACCGCGGGCAAAAGGUGGCAGCGUUCAUCAUCGCCGGGGACACGAUGCUCUGCCUGCCGCAGGCGUUCGAGCUGUUUCUCAAACACCUCGUUGGCGGCCUGCACACCGUCUACACCAAGCUCAAGAGGCUCGAUAUAGUGCCGUUGGUGUGCAAUGUCGAACAGGUUAGGAUUCUGCGUGGACUCGGAGCCAUCCAGCCAGGCGUCAAUCGAUGCAAGCUGCUCAGCUGCAAGGACUUCGACAUACUCUACAGGGACUGCACAACGGCCAGCUCCAGGCCAGGAAGACCACCGAAGAGAGCUUCAGUCGGUUUGAGCCUCGCAGCCAGCCACUUGGCCGCGGCUACGACCGGUCACCACCCCCAGCAUUCGCUCAAGAAGCACAGAAUGGACAACGGGGAUUACUACGAGAACGGGCAUUUGGAUGUGCCGAGGAUGGAGAAGUCGCCGCUGCUGGCGAACGGGUACAACCACCCGCCCACGCACCUCAGUCACAUGCAAUUCAUGCAACUGGGCGGACAUCCGGGCGCAGGACACACGGCCAUCCUGUCGCCGGCCAGUCUGCCGCAUCAUCUGCAAGCGCAGGCACAGGCGCGGGCCGAGCAGGGGCUCAAGGUGAACCCGAACAUGUCCAACAUGGAGGCGCUGGCGAGGUAAGACGGG